GUAGCGGCCGGGGCACUGCGGGCUGACGAGCGCCCUGCGAGGUGAGGGCGGGCCGCCUGCAGGGCCCGGAGACGAAGAGACGGCGGCGGGCGGGCCCGGGUACGCGGCCGGUGGCGGCUCAGCCGGCACCGUGCAGGCAGAGCGGAGCGCGCGGGGCUGGCCGAGGAGGCGCGGUUCCCAGCCGAUGUGAGCGCUCCGGCAGGUCCGUGGUAGAGCUGGGUCUCCACCGGAGCUUCGAUCUUGGGGAAUGUGGACGGAUACCCGCACGGAUACCCGGGUGAAUGUGCGUCCGCGUAUUUGGGAAAGUCUGUGUGUCACUGGACCAAGAUUGGAGCAGAAGAGGCAGCCCGGGGAAGGCUCGGCCUGGCUGACUUCCCGUGACCCAGAGCCCAGCUGUCUCCACCUCCCUGUCUCAGGAGCCCAGGCACUGCCUGCCCUGAGAAAUGCUGGAAGCUGGGCGAGGCCCCAGGCCAGGGGACCUGUUUUUCCUGUUUCCCACAGAGUUCCCUGCAGCUCAGUCCAGGGGUCCAGGCGGGUGCAUUCAUGAGUGAGGAACCUGAGCCUGCGCUGAGCAUCCUGACAGCGACAGCAGGGGCUGGUCAGGGCGAUGGCCACAGGCCCGGGCCUCUGGAAUGGCACCAUCAAUGGCACCUGGGAUGGGGAUGAACUGGGCUACAAGUGCCGCUUCAAUGAGGACUUCAAGUACGUGCUACUGCCUGUGUCCUACGGCGUGGUGUGCGUGCUCGGGCUGUGUCUGAACGCCGUGGCUCUCUACAUCUUCCUGUGCCGCCUCAAGACCUGGAACGCCUCCACCACAUACAUGUUCCACUUGGCCAUGUCGGAUGCGCUGUACGCGGCCUCCCUGCCCCUGCUGGUCUAUUACUACGCCCACGGCGACCACUGGCCCUUCAGCACAAUGCUCUGCAAGCUGGUGCGCUUCCUCUUCUACACCAACCUUUACUGCAGCAUCCUCUUCCUCACGUGCAUCAGUGUGCACCGAUGCCUGGGUGUCUUGUGUCCACUGCGCUCGCUGCGCUGGGGCCGGGCCCGCUAUGCCCGCAGGGUGGCCAUCGCCGUGUGGGUGCUGGUGCUGGCCUGCCAGGCACCCGUGCUUUACUUCGUCACCACCAGUGCACGUGGUGGCCGCAUUACCUGCCACGACACCUCGGCGCCCGAGCUCUUCAGCCACUUCGUGGCCUACAGCUCCAUCAUGCUGAGCCUGCUGUUCGCGGUGCCCUUUGCCAUCAUCCUGGUCUGUUAUGUGCUCAUGGCUCGGCGGCUGCUAAAGCCAACCCGCGGGACCACGGGGGGCCUGCCGCGGGCCAAGCGCAAGUCGGUGCGCACCAUCGCCGUGGUGCUAGCUGUCUUCGCCCUCUGCUUCCUGCCUUUCCACGUCACCCGCACCCUCUACUACUCCUUCCGCUCGUUGGACCUCAGCUGCCACACCCUCAACGCCAUCAACAUGGCUUACAAGGUCACCCGGCCGCUGGCCAGCGCGAACAGUUGCCUUGACCCUGUGCUCUACUUCCUGGCUGGGCAGAGGCUCGUGCGCUUUGCUCGGGAUGCCAAACCACCCACAGACCCCACCCCUACCACCCAGCUUCGCCGCAGGCUGGGCCUGCACAGGUUCAACAGAACUGACACUAAGAGGACAGAAGACUCGGCCAGCAGUGAGAACUCUAGACAGACAGAGCCCACACCGCCUGGUGGUGAAAACACUAAGGACAUCCGGCUGUAGGACCUGAACCCCUUGGGCCUGUGCCAGUUUGUGUCGGAUGGGACUGUAGACUUGUUCAAAUGGGACAGUCUCCCCAGAUAUGGACCAUCAGUGAAUCAGGCCGGAUGGUCAAGGGGGCCGUGACCCCAGGGCUCUGUCAUUUGACAGGAGCGCAGUUUGUUCUCUAUGGUCCAGAGAGUUCAACAGUCCCCACAUCCCGAGUCACCAUUUGUAUGUGAGAUUUGGGGAGUAAGGUUUUAAGAAAGGCAAGGGUUUGGGGCCAGUUCUGCCCCUGGCCUGAAUCCCACGUAAAUACCUGGCUGUGCCUGCCAAGGUACCUAGGCUGGGCUCCAGACUAAUCAAGUCAAGUGGAGAAACAGGCCCAGAGAGGAAAGUGACUUAACCAAGGUCACACAGCCAAGCCAAGCCUGAGCUACCUGGGAGGGACAGGGUCGCAAGUUGACCAGAGGACCCUGGUAAGGAGUCAGGGCUGAGCCAGAGGUUCCCACGAUGAGUCGGAGUGGUCUGAGUGCCACCGUGGGCUCAGCUCUGAGGAGGACGCCCAGCCCAAGGGAUGAACGUCUGGGAACUGAUGUCAUAAACCCAUCUGGAGGCUGGGAGCCAGUUUGAGGCUGGAACUUGUACUAAAGGUGUUGUUACCUGCUGAGCCAGACCCCGUUGUGUAGUUGGAGGUUGGGGAUACAGGCUGGGGAGCUCUCACCAUCCACACUAGGGUCCUUUCUCCAACCUGUUCUCCUGCCACCUGCCUUCCCAGUAGCUGCCUCAGUGGUGGUCUCAUACGAGGAAUAUA